AAGUUACAUUUUUGGACUUGUCAAAGAUUUGACAUUUUAUUAACUUUGACUUUUUUCAAUUUUACUCUAAAUACGUAUCUAUACAAAACGUGAAAUGGUUGAAUGUGGAAUAGUGUAGAUAACCAAAAAUGUUUUGGCUGCCAAGUUUGUGAGUUUCAUAUCCAUUUGCGGUUCAUUGAUGGCGCACACAACUCCAAUAUGGACGAGGUGGCUGCAGAAGCAUGGAACAUUAGUCAGCUUAUAGACGAACUGAGAGGAUUUCAACUAACGGACCGCAAUCUUCCUCUGGCCUUUUCCGAGGAACGUCACUUGGAGAAAAUCGAUGGUAUCGACUGGGAAAGGCAAAUAUGGCGAAUGAAGGAACGGAUGAAGACUGUAAGUGUUGCAUUAGUGUUGUGUUUAAAUGUGGGAGUGGAUCCACCGGAUAUAGUGAAAACUCAACCUUGUGCAAGACUGGAGUGUUGGAUCGAUCCUUUGACUAUGUCAGGGCAGAAGGCUUUAGACAGUAUCGGACAGGCUUUGCAAACACAAUAUGAAAGGUGGCAGCCUAGAGCGCGGUAUAAGCAGUCCCUAGACCCUACUGGAGAUGACGUAAAAAAACUUUGCCUUUCAUUACGGCGCAAUGCGAAAGAAGAGCGAGUUUUGUUUCACUAUAACGGGCACGGUGUUCCGAAGCCCACAACGAAUGGUGAGAUAUGGGUAUUUAAUCGCACUUAUACUCAAUAUAUUCCUUUGAGUAUCUAUGAUUUGCAAACAUGGAUGGGAGCCCCUUCAAUAUACGUUUAUGAUUGCCCCAAUGCAGGCAUAAUUGUAGAAUCCUUUAAAACUUACGCUACCCAGCACGAAUUAGAAUACCAACAGUCAAUCGGGGCCUCGACAUCAUCACGCUCAAGUCCGUCCGGAUCUGCUCUAACGCCCUCUUUCAGUGAAUGCAUUCAACUUGCUGCUUGUGCGAGCAACCAAUGCCUUCCCAUGAACCCAGAUUUGCCAGCCGAUCUUUUCACUUCCUGUUUAACGACGCCUAUUAAAAUAGCAAUGCGCUGGUGUGUAUUGCAGCCUACUUCAAAGCUUAUUCCCAAAAUUACCCUCGAUAUGGUUGACAAAGUCCCUGGAAACAUAACUGAUAGAAAAUCAAUGUUUGGUGAGCUAAACUGGAUUUUUACCGCUAUCACAGAUACAAUUGCGUGGAAUACUCUUCCGAGAGAACUGUUCCAGAAACUUUUCAGACAAGACUUGCUAGUAGCCAGUUUGUUUCGGAAUUUCUUAUUGGCUGAAAGGAUUAUGCGCUCGUGCGACUGCACUCCUGUGUCAUCACCCGCUCUACCAUCAACGUACCAGCACCGCAUGUGGGACGCUUGGGAUUUGGUGUUGGAUUUAUCUUUCGGACAACUACCUGCUAUCCUCAAAGGAACCGCCACAUAUAAAAAUCUUCCAUUCUUUGAAGAUGAGCUCACGGCUUUUGAAGUUUGGCUGGGCUUUGACUCAGCGGAGGAAAAUCCACCAGAGCAAUUGCCAAUCGUUCUACAAGUACUACUUAGCCAGGUGCACAGAACUAGAGCGUUAGAGCUGCUCGGUCGAUUUUUAGACUUGGGGCCUUGGGCGGUAAAUCUGGCGCUUUCAGUUGGAAUUUUCCCCUACGUACUGAAACUAUUGCAAAGUUUCGCUAAGGAAUUGAGACCACUAUUGGUAAAAAUUUGGUCGAAGAUUUUAGCUGUGGACACCACCUGCCAAGCUGAUUUAAUCAGGGAGCACGGGCAUAAGUAUUUCUUGUCAAUUCUGCAGGACCCUUUGAUGUCGUCGGAAACUCGAACACAGGCCACAUUUGUUCUCUCGUGUUUGGUAACCAACUAUAAAGACGGCCAAGAGGCAGCACGGCAAGGAUCUCUAGUCAGCGUUUGCCUGGAACAGCUGGGCGACCCGAGCCCGCAGCUACGUCAAUGGGUCGCAAUAUGUUUGGGUAAGUUGUGGGAUCAUUACGAAACCGCCAGAUGGACAGGAGUGAGAGACACAGCCCACGAAAAACUUUACAUUUUGCUGAAAGAUCCAUGUCCAGAAGUGCGCGCAGCAUCAGUAUACGCUUUGGGCACCUUCAUAAAUGCCGUUUUGCGUCGAUCAGAACACGCAAAUAAUAUAGAUCAGCCUGUUGGGAUGACGUUAGCAAAUCAUGCGGCAACUGAAGCAAGUCCGCUAGUCCGAAAAGAACUUAUAAAUGCACUGCAAUGGUUACUAAUGGCCUUUGACGUCGCUUUUGCCACAGUAGCUGCGAAAGAAACGCAAAGUUUUCCGGAAAGCCAAUCCAGUAACACGCUCCCGAGAAUAGCAAAUCGCGACAGGUUAUCGCAACCCGAUGGAGGACUAUUUAGAAGGGUACCUUCCAGUCCCGCUAUCAAUAACAUGGUCAACUCUCCUAACGCUAUGACUAACAGUUAUAGUGGGAGUUUGGGGGCUUUGCCGGGACUGGGUUAUGGCUCGGUUUAUGUGAAAAUCUGGGUGGCCUUGUGCCAGAUGGAAACAGAUCCGUUCCCAGAAGUAGCUCAGAUGUGUUGCACGGUUACCGGUUACAUUCGAGCUUUGGUAAAAGAACGAGAUACGAUUGACCAACGGAAUUCUAGCAUAAGUUUGCCCCCAAGUCCCAACAGGGGCGUGCCCCUUAGUGAGGAAAAUACCCCAACCGCGUACCAAAGCGGCGAUUUUCAGACAAAAUUGUCUCGAAAUAGUGCGACCAAUAAAAAUCGGCGGAAAAAGGUAUCCGUUGAUGAAAGCACCGAUAAAAAUUACCAAAAUAGAAAACCGCUAGUAACCACCAAUUAUGUCACGUGGUCUUCCAAGCAGUUUGUUAAAAAAAGAGAUGAGCAAGGCGACGAUCCUGAAUCAGAGAAGUAUUACGAACGAGAGUGGCGAGAGAUUCGAAAUAAAGGUAUUAGAGCAGAAGCACACGAAGAACAGAAAAGAGCCAUAACGUCAAAGGUAGAGAAUCAAGUGUUCCACUCGAGGACUGCAGUAGCUCCGACAAUGCUACAGUUGCAUCCCUAUAGUCAGCAUAUUGUUGUUGCUGGUAACGAUUCAUUUGCCAUUUGGGACUGGGGUACCGGUGCCAAAACAACCACAUAUCGUCAAAAGUCCGCAAUAAAUGACUUCAAAACAGCAAAAGUGUCCGAUUUACAGUGGGUAAAUGGUCAUGAUCAGACAUUGUUGCUGGUAGCUGCUGAAGAUGGUUCCGUAAGAAUAUGGCGGCCGAUACCGGGGAAUCGGGAACCUUCACUGGUGUCAGCCUGGCAAGCUUUCAGCAAUUUUAAGCCGAAACAAGUGGGCGUAAUUACCAGUUGGGAACAAUGGACCCAGACUGUUAUAACUACGGGUGAUACUAAACUACUAAGACUGUGGGAUGUUCAAAGGGAAUUGAAAUAUGCGGAUAUUAUUACGGGCACCGAUGCGUCAGUGACUUGUCUAGAUUCAUCGUACUCUGGACUUUCGUUGGAUAUUUCGUCUUUAUCGCAUCGACGAAAGUCUACAGAAAAUCGAGAACCAACACGGCCCAAUAACCAAACGGGGUAUAUCAUUGCGGGUUGCUCGGACGGAUCUGUUCGAUUGUUCGAUCGGAGAUGCAGUCCUCAAGAAUCAAGAUCAAAAGUGUGGAUGGUGCAUACGGGAACAGUACUUGCUGUCCAACUACAGGAUAAUUUAGUGAUCAGCGGCAGCUCUGAAGGUGAAGUGAAUUUUUACGACAUUCGAAAGAAUGAUGCGUUGCAUUCAACCAAUGUGAUACCCAAACACUUAGGCAUGUCCUGUAUGUCAAUUCACCGGAGUGCUAACAUUUACGCGUGUGGUUCUGUAAAUCAGUUCAUUGGUGUUUACAGCUUGAAUGGCAGCUCGCUCAACACCAUAAGGACAUACGAAGGUUUCAUGAGUCAAAAAAUUGGUGGAGUUAAUUGUUUGAACUUUCAUCCACAUAAAGUUGCACUGGCUUUCGGCAGCGCCGACUGCUGUAUAGAUGUGUAUAACAUAGGCUAGAUCCCUGAUUGCUAUGUUAAUUAAGGACCGGCUUUGGGGUUCACAAAGACAUUUUUGUGCACCAGUUUCAUCUAGCGUCUGUUAUUAACUUGACAUUUAUGGAGUUUAUUCGGAAAAACACAGUUUUUAUGCAAGGGUGGCUGAUACUAUGAACACCCAGGCAAAAACUUUGGAUGUUGUAGAGGUUGAUUUACGAUUAUUGACUGACAGAAACAUUUUUGCAUCAUGAUUAGCUCGACUAUGUAAUGCUUGUAAUUUUAUAGUAUUUUUUGUAAGUUUUCUUUUCGUUCGAGCAUUUAUGCAAAAACUGCGGUUAUUUCACGUAGAAUGCAUUAGGGCGUAUUCUGAGUUUAAUUCUUGAAAUGAAACGUUUCUUUUUACGCAUAAAAAAGGAAUUUAAUUUAAAAGUUUAUAAGAAACGAACUCGACAACUUUUUACAUUUCUAUUGUGCAUACGCUGAUUAAA